CAGCCAGUCACCGUUGGCUGUUCCGGGCCUCCGCGCUGCGCUGCUGCUAAAAAGUUUCCGGUGUCGUCGCAGUCGGUCGUAGUGCCUGUGCAGGUGUCAACUCGAACAAAUUCGCCAGAGGCGGAUCUGAUCAGAUUAUCAUCCUGCGCCAGCAUUUCGCCUUGCCUUUGACCACUAUUACCACUAUUGCUUCGGCCAUUAUUUGUGCCACGCCUGUGCCUCUUCCGCGGCCUGCUUUUUGAACAGCUGCACCCUCAACCCACGAAGAAGGCCUGCCGAUCAGAGUUCCAGCUCAGUCAGGGCCACAGCCGGCCUUGGAGGGCGAAGGGUAGAAAAAAAGAGCCACCGCCUGCUGCAAUCGUGGCGGCGCCAGCCAACUUUCCAGCGGCCUUGCCCGCGAAGAAUAUGACUCUAAUGAACAGCCCGGAUGCAGUACCUGGUGAAGAAUUUGACUACGAAGCUCUACCCCCAAACUAUGGCCUGGGCCACAACAUGUUGGCCGGCGCAUUUGCCGGCAUUGCGGAACAUACAGUGAUGUAUCCCGUGGAUUUAAUGAAGACACGGAUGCAAAUCAUCAAUCCUUCUGCGGGCGGCCUUUACACAGGACUAUCACAUGCAGUCUCCACGAUCUACCGGUUAGAAGGGCUCCGGACGUUAUGGAGAGGCGUUACCAGUGUGAUUGUUGGUGCAGGUCCUGCUCAUGCCGUGUAUUUCGGAACCUAUGAAAUGGUAAAAGAGCUGGCUGGAACAAACAGUACAGAUGGGAAACAUCAUCCUUUCGCGGCUGCUGCUAGCGGAGCCGCUGCAACGAUUACGAGUGAUGCUCUGAUGAAUCCCUUUGAUGUGAUCAAGCAACGAAUGCAAGUCCACGGCUCGACAUACCGGUCGCUCACACAUUGUGCGCGAGAAAUCUUCCGCACCGAAGGCUUCUCAGCCUUCUACGUAUCCUAUCCAACGACACUCUGUAUGACAGUACCGUUUACUGCAACUCAGUUCAUGGCCUACGAAUCCUUGUCCACAAUAAUGAACCCCAAGAAAGAAUAUGAUCCCAUCACACAUUGCGUGGCCGGCGGUUUGGCUGGUGCCUUUGCUGCGGGAAUUACUACGCCGCUCGAUGUGAUCAAGACUCUACUACAGACACGGGGACUCAGUCAGAAGGACGAAAUCCGAAAUGUGCGAGGACUGUUCCAUGCUGCUUCAAUCAUUAAGCGGGAGUUUGGAUGGAGUGGUUUUAUGAGGGGCUGGCGGCCACGCAUCAUCUCGACUAUGCCAAGCACGGCGAUUUGCUGGUCGUCAUACGAAAUGGCUAAAGCUUACUUCAAGCGGACGCUGCGGGAAGAGCACGAGGCUCAAAUGAGCAAGCUCUGAGUGUCUAAGCUGUCGAUUCUUGGCUACGAUUGAUUGUUUCUGUCUGUGGUGCUGCUGCACCGGUCAGGGGUGUGGAGGCCAAGUCUUUUCUUCUCGGGCGAAAUUCUCGGCUUAAUGAAGAUACCCAUUUCAGUUACGCCCGGCCUCACAGACAGCGCUGCCGUCGGGUGCAUGCACCGGUAUGCCGGCAAGCUUUUUCUCUUUCGGGACUGGCCUUGAUUCUCAAGGUGGUGGUGGCCAUGUACAUGCGACGGCGUUCCGUUUGAAGCGGGGGGAGGCGGGACCAUUGCUCAGGCGCAUGUUGUGGCAGAUGUCCGGAUUUGACCUUUGGAAAAUACUGUAUAUCUAUCAAAAAAGGAGAGCUCAAAGUGUCUUAUUGUGGUGCUAUCAGUCAGUUGGUAGCAUGGAUUCAACAGCAAUGAAUGAGAAAAGGCGUCACUGUGUGGUGAUCUCUUGUCCGCUACUAGUAAUCAACGGUGGUGUUCGUGCGUGGUGCUUUCCUACUGUAGUAUUGUACGGCGAUUUGGGGACACGGCGUGUCUGGAGUUUGAAGUAUUAUCUUAA